AUGGAUCGAAACCUCUCGCCCGCUCCUAUUGGAAAUACCAUCUCACCCUGCUCCAUGCCCCAGCUCCGUCUUCCCGGCGGAGGCGUCAUCGGCGCCGUGUUUAUUGUCUGCAGAUCAAAUGGAGGAAGAAACUUUGAUGACCUGUUAGACGACUGGUUCAUAGAAUCCUUGAAGAGCUACACAGAUCUUCAUGUGUAUCAGCUGGAUCGACCCACUCGUGUCAUAGAGUGGACGUCGGAUAAGACGGUUUGUGUUGCCGGUUACAGCUCAUCUAAAAAUGACAUUUUUGGAGCUGCGUUACCUCUCAAACUCUUUGCAGAUGAAAAUAAGGGUCUGUGUGCAGAGCGGGAUUUUAAAGUUGUUCAUGGGUGGUUUCUGAUGGCCCCAGUUCAUUGCCUCAGGCAUGUUCCAGGAACGAGGUGUGUUGUUACAAACGAUGGCCUUAGUAACAGCCUGCAGGUAUGGGAACUCGACGGAGACGAUAUCGACGUGAUCAGAAGAACAGGAAGCAUUGAGGGGAGUGUGAGUGACUCCGGUCGAGGCAGCAGGAUUGCGGCUCGGCUUUGGUCACGUCCAGAAGUUCUGCACGGGGCUGAGAGCGGCGCCGUCCAGCUGACUGCGCUGGCCACAAGACAGACCACAUACAGACAAGAAAUGGACUCAUCUGAUCCUCUCAGCUCCUUACAGUUUGUGAGUGACACCGUUUUCCUCACAGGCUGCUGCAACGGCAGCUUCUACCUGACGGACACUCGGACUUCUGCUCCUCCUCAGCUCUCGCCCCCACCUGUGGCUUCAAGGGGAGGCAACCACACUUUGGUGGGCACAUGUUCUUUGGGUCCGUCCAGUUCAGAAUUGUCCUGCAGGGUGGUUCGUCUGUCCUCGUCUGGACAGGCAGUGGUUUCAGACCUGAGGAGGCCAGGAGGAACCUUAUGUCAGGUUCAACUGGAUGUCCAAACACGUCACUGCAACAUCGAUGAUGUCACAGUGUCAUGGGCACCAGUUAUGGAUAACUGUAUUGCAGUAUCAGGUUUCAAUGGAGCGGUUCAGAUCUAUGACACAUCUGCGUGGAGGGUAGAGCUACAUGAAGCUAAACCGUUGUUUCAGCACCACGGUCACGUGGUUUCACCUCAAUGUUCUGAUGAUGGCAUUUUCAUUACGUCCCACGUUUGGCAUCCCGAGCGCCGCCGCACGCUGCUGUCUGCUGCCUCAGAUGGAUCCGUCCACGUGUGGGACUGGGUCGACCAAUCAGCUGCUGACGCAUCAAACAGUCACAUGGGACAAUGACACAGGAGGACAUCAUUACUGAAGAUCUUGAAACAGCAACAACUACAACAGAGCAGCGAAAUGGAAGAAAAACAUGAAGUUGAAGGUCGUGUAUGAACAAUUUCAGACUUUGCUGGCGGACGGCGUCCAGACCCCACUGUCUUGGCCCCCGCCCAUCUGAUAUCACGCCCUCUGGUCCCGCCUACUCACACACUCACACAAAAGUCUUUUUUGUUGUUUUUUUUUUGGUGGUGGUGGGGGUGGUGGUGGGGGUUAAUGAUUAAUUUUCGUGUUGAAGUCACCCACAGUCUUAAAUUAUUAAUGAUUAUUCACGCGAACUGGAAUUUGAUAGGCUGAUUAACAGGGUGAUGUCAUCACUGCAUAUCUGUAUAUGACCAAAGAAAAUAUUCAUUUAUAGUUUAAGCAAAUCAUUUUCUCAUACUUUGUGACUGACUGUUUAGACAUGACAGAUACAGGUUUGCA